AUGGCGAUAAUGCCGGGCCUACUACCGCCGUCGCGCGAGACAUGGGAGACCGCGUGCACUCUCUUCAAGUUCUUCCCAGUGAUCACUGCGUUUCAAUGGGUUCUGGAUUGGUAUCCGCAGGGCAAAACGUCGACCGAGUCUCGUUUCAAUAUCUCAGGCAAAUGGGGAUGGGCUACGAUGGAGUCCGCGGGCUUCAUGACGCUUCUUUACACCAUGUUUACGCUCCCCAAGGAGCUCGGCCUUGACUCGCUGCCCUGGGGCAAUUGGACAAUGGCUGGGUGCUUUGUCAUCCACUACAUCUACCGCGCGAUUAUCUCGCCCCUCUUCCUCAACCCGAGCAUGUCCCCAAUGCACCCGCUAGUCUGGAUCCUUGCAUUCACCUUCCAGAUGUUCAACGGUAUUUCGAUCGCUGGAUACCUCGCCGGCUAUGGACCGACUUCCGAUCAUGACUGGGCGGGGCGCUACUGGUCAAUGGAGAUUGGGCUUGUGAUGUGGGCUUGGGGGCUACUUGGGAACAUGUUCCAUGAGGACGACUUGCGCGAGAUCAGAAGAGCGGCGGAUCGCACGCAGCGAAGGGAAGCCGAAAAGCAAGGAAAGCCAGCGCAAAGCGUGGACAAGGUGUAUAUGAUCCCGAAGAAUGGUCUCUUCCAGUACGUCCUCUAUGCGCACUACCUGUGCGAAUGGAUCGAAUGGGCCGGCUGGUGGAUGAUUGGAGGCUGGAAUUGCAUCCCGGCGAGAACGUUCUUGGUGAACGAGGUGGCGACGAUGCUUCCCCGAGCGGUGCAGGGGAAACGGUGGUAUGAGAAGAAGUUCGGAAAGGACAAGGUUGGGAAUAGGAAGGCGGUGAUACCGGGGCUCGUGUAG